AUGAUGGGGGAUGAUGGGAUGAUGGGGAUGAUGAAGGAGAUGAUGGGUGUGAUGGGGAUGAUGGAGAUGAUGGGGAUGAUGAUGGGGAUGAUGGGGGUGAUGGGGAUGAUGGGGGUGAUGGGGAUAAAGGGGAUGAUGGGGAUGAUGGAUAUGAUGGGGGUGAUGGGGAAGAUGGGGAUGAUGGGGUUGAUGGUGAUAAAGGGGGUGAUGGGGGUGAUGAUGGAUGAUGGGGGGGAUGAUGGGGAUGAUGGAGAUGAUGGAGACGAUGGGGAUGAUGGGGAUGAUGGAUGA